ACAGUUGAAGAUAAAUAUACAAAUCAUCGGGAAGGGACUUACAAUCCCAUUUCGAGGCAGACUUGAAGUAUAUAAUCACAACAGUCUCCUUAGAAUCUCAUUCCCAAGCUUAGGCCACCAUCAGACAAAACCUCCGAUGGGAUAUCGAACGCCAAUCGAUAUUUGGAUCGAAAGUUCACCAUGGAACUGAAUGAAGCUGAUGUGAAUGUUGUUCACCUUUGACUCGUUGUGAGGGCAUACUAAAAUGAGGAAAGUCUGGAUUUUAGUUGAUGUGAGGAUUUAGAUAUAGUACUGUGGAAUCUACUAGGAGUUUGGCAAUGUAUUUCUACUGGACAUGAAGUGAUCUCUAGUGGAUUUACAUUUAAGUUGUUGACUCUGGUACACCUCUCUGAGUUAUCUGUAUCUGAAGUCCUAAGUGAUCCAGUUGUCUUCUGAUAAUUUGAUAACGUAACAAGCAAUUUCCGACAUCCGCACAUUUGAAAAGCAAAUGGACAAGAGAAAGGUUAUCGAGAACGCUUACCUGACGAAUAAUUACCAUCGUCCCUUAGCUACGUUUCAAUUUGUAUAAAUAAGAAGAAAUUGUUUGCUCCCUGUUCGGGCUUUCCAAUAUUCCAUAGCUGAUUUCUUUAGAAAUGUAUUGACCGUGUGAUAGUAUGUUCGAGCACGUUACGUGCAAAUACGAAAUAUAGAAAGGUUUAUAUGGAAGGCUGUGAAAUCUUCGAAAAAAGCUAACGGAGCUUUGAUUGAAUGGGAUGUACUUCUGAAACAUGAAAGUGAGCAAGUUACAUUGAUGCGUUCAAUUGGAAUUCAAUUGGAAUUCUAUUUUUACAAAAUCUUCGCUGAUAAAUUAUCUCUGGGAUGAUGUGAACAUAUACAUUUUCAAGGCUACACUUUUAUUUCAACCAUCGACUUAUCUUGCGGACAUAAGGAAUUGUGUAUCUAUCCACGUUUUGGAAAUCGCCUUUAACAAAACGACAAAAUGAAGGAUGUAAAGACAAACAUCAUAUUAGAUCGCCGGAAGAUUCGAGGGGAGGCUACUCUCAGCGAUUCGGAGACGGUGACGUCACAACAUAAGUGGACCAAUGAAAAUGCAUAGGAAGCAGAAGUUUAGUGGGGCGACCACAACAGCGUAUACUCACAGAAAGCCAAAGCGUACAAAAUCUUUAAUAGAACCAGUGCUUGUUAUAACAAGACCAAUGUCGCACAUGGGAUUUCAAGGUGCCCGGCACAUGCAUCCGGAGCGCCUGCCUACAAAACAACGCGAAAAAGCAGUGUCUCUUCGUCUUUUCGACCUGGAGAAAGAAACCAUAGAAAAUGUUCAAAACCUUGCAGAGACUAUAAAGAGGUUGAUGAUUCCAAGUCUCAACCUAAAAUCUGUACCAGAUCACCUAGUAGAUAAACUAGUUAACUUAGAAAAAUUGGACUUAAGUCAUAACAGUAUUCCAGACGGAGGACUUCCAGACUCUAUGAAGGUGCUCGAAAAACUGGUUGAACUGAACCUCACCGAUAACCGGCUUACGCGAGUACCGGCGUCACUGAAGAAGUUAAAGUGUUUAUCGAGACUUGACUUGAGUUACAAUAACAUCGAAUCAUUAAAGGGUCUCGAAAAAGCACGACGUGUUCAAAUAUUGGUCGUAGACCAUAACAAACUCUCAGGCGUGUUCAAAGACAUUAGCCAUAUGAAAAAACUUGAGGUGUUCCGAUGUAGCCAUAACAACCUUCGUGACGUGGGGACAGAUGUACGUCAGCUCAAAAGUUUAAAGGAUAUGGAUUUGUCCUGUAACAAAAUUGUAGUUUUACCAACAGACGUGUUCAUGUUGCCAAAACUGGAUGCUUUAAAUGCUAGUCACAACAAAAUCACCAAAGUUUCCUCCUUCAACGUCAGAGUCCACAAUAAACAUUGGGUGUCUGAAGUUGACUUAUCAGAAAACAAUAUUACCAAUUUCCCAGGUCAUCUACUUCAAAUGUCAAUGAAGUUAGAUCUGAGUAAAAAUCAAAUAAAAAAGCUUGACAUGAACGCCAUGAAACAGCUAGAAAGGAACCAAGAUCAAGAUUUGUUUGUGGAUGACAAUCCCCUAACCUUUCCUCCUCCGGAUGUAACGGGGAUGCGUUCAAUACUCCAGUACAUGCAUGAGGCGCGAAUCAACGCUACAGUAUAUAGAGGUGUGAAAGUGGUGGUGCUAGGCUCUACAAAGAGCGGAAAGACAAGUCUGGUACAAUCUCUAGUCGAUCAGCAAGGUCGACUAGUAGACAGUGCGACUGAAAUAAACGCUGGUGUCGAGGCAUAUGACAUGCGGAUAGACUAUGAGGAGCACAAGGCAGAACAGGGCAAAUACUUACAGUUCAGCAUCUGGGAUUUUUGUGGCGACCCAUUUUAUCUGUAUCCUCAUUACAUGUUCCUGGAACAACCUUCCAUUGCAGUAUUGACUUUUAAUAUGAAGCAAUACUCGUCAAACAAGUUUGACGAAAUGAUCGGAUCAUGGUUCGACUGGAUGAUAGCGAAAACCAACAGACUGGUGGUACUACUUGUAGGAACCCACAGUGACCUUGUGUCGGAGUCGCGCCUAAAGCAGAUAACGAUCGACGUAAAGGCACGAUUAGAUACUUUCAGACAACAUCACGAAAACCUCAUCAAGAAGCGGAUAGCAAAGAUAGACGCUAUCCCGGAAAUCAAGGCGACUCACUCUGAUCAACUUAUCGCUCUCAAGAGACUUCUAUCCUGUACUGAAACGUUGCAGAUCCAGACUGACCUCAUCGUGACCAGUGCUAAGGAAUACGUUGGUUACGAUCAGCUUCGAACUGCUUUGGAUGAACUAGCAAACAACAAGAAACUUUUCCCAGACGUCAUGACAGUUGUCCCGACGUUUUGGGUCGAAGUUCAAAAUUAUAUUGAGGAGAAAGGAAACACAAUGAUUGUGCCGAUCAUGAAAUACGAUGACUUCUUUGAUGAAAUAACCGACAAAUUUGGAAUGAAGAGGAUGAUGAAAAAUAUCACGUGUUACCUUCACGAGACUGGUCGAGUUAUAUGGUUUGCCAAUAACCCUGUCCUCUCCCAGUAUGUGUUCCUAAGACCAUCAUGGCUGUUUGAGUUACUCAGACAUGUUUACAGACACGAUCAGACGAAUGUGCUAAACUACGAGACAAAUGAUUCAUUCAAAGCCAUGGGGUUCAGCAGCACUCGUUUUGAGCGCUACAAGAAAAUGCUGCUCGAGGAAGGAAUAAUGGAAUCCGACAUGUUGAGAGGAAUUCUGGGACAUCUUCUGCCCUUAGAUGACACUAGUCCUUUCAACAUCGUUGAGACAUUGCUCAUCGACGCUUUCCAAGCCGGUUACCCAAUACAAAGAAGGAAAGACAACACAUACAGGUACAACGUUGAUCCAGAUGAAGACGGCAAUAUCCAAGUAACAAAAAUACUCAUGCCCUGGCUCAGAAAAGUAGAUGAAUCAAACGAUUGUGCAGAAAAAUGGGAAAAAAUUAAAAACAGGAAAAAAUUAGUAGCUUUGUUGCAUUUUCCAAAGUACAUGCCACCAGGUUUGUUUGAAAUCAUCAGUGUCCGUUGUCAAAAGAAGAAAAAGAACAAUUUAAAAUAUCUGGCGCAUUGGGGAGGAGGUAUACUUGCCGAACACACAGAGGAAAUUGUACUGGUGAGAAUCAACUAUUGUCAGAGCAGUAAAGGGAAAGGAACCAACCUCAAAUUCGAGGUACGUGAUAACACAAAGGAGGACGCGUAUGAGGACACGCCACCAUCUAGUAUGUGGACCGUUUUAUUACCGCUCCUGAUGGAAUUCGAGGAGGUCAUCAAAACUUACCAUGGGGUACUGGUCGAGAGGUUGAUGCACUGUCCACGAUGUGAGGAACCCUCCUUCAUAGGAGAAUGGCUAACACCUGCUGACACACAGACGUUAGAGACCAAAGAAUGUGAUAUGUGCCAAGAACACGUGGAUCCAGCGUAUCUCGUUCAGCCACGCGAGAAGAAGCGAGACCGAAUAAAUGAUGUCCUCGCCAAUCUAAGCAAGGUUCGUGCCAGGAGGAAGGCGGCGUUGAUCAAAGGUCAGACCCUACAAUCAAUGCUUCUUGACGACGAGGAUGUGGUAGAGGAAGGUGGUGAUAAGAAGGACGCUGAUGCCCCAGCAGUCGGAGGACGUCGGCGGGGAGGAGUACUUCCUCCUCCUGACCUCUCUAUCCUGGCCCUACCCGUAGGAUUAGCAGUUCCAGGACUAGGGGAAUCUGGUGACAAUAACGAAAAUCAGCCACCGGAAGCAGAUGCAGAAGAGGCAAUAAAAGAGGAUAAUGAGAAGGAAGAAGAAGAGGAAGGUGAAGACAUCGACAACGAGGAACCUCCCUCUAAUCUUGCCUCCGACCUAGCUGCCUUUCAGAAUCAUCUCCGGAUGUUAGCUACGCAAGCCAAUCCUGAUAUGCAGUUUGAAGAUGAUGAAGAGGAAGAAGAUGAUGAGGAAGAUGAACUCAAUUUUGAUGACGAUAUUGAAGAAGGGAGCAAUGACCAAGAGAAAUUUACAAUAGACGGCUCAACGCAGACUUCAAGAAGACGUUGAAACAAAUACUGCUGUCUAAAACGACACUGGACUUUUAACUCAUAUGUAUGAUUAAGAAUGUGGUAACUUAAGUAGUUCAAAACAAUAUAGACUUUAGGAACAUUGACAGAUUUAAAGAAGUUUGUGAAAAUGUUUCAUAUAUUAUUAGAAAAAAAAAAACCAGAUUUGGUUCUUUACUGAUUAACACUGUAAUAUGAUUAAGUAUAUUUAUAAA